AUCGACUCAUUUGUUCUUCUCCACCAAAAAGCUAGGGUUUUGUUGUGAAAGGCGAUAUUUCGUGCGACUUCGUCUCCCGGAGGUUUUCUCCUUCUAAUCGACGACGGAGUGUCUUCUCCACUUGCUCAGGUGAGUAUCGAGUAGAUUGAGGGUUGAAUUGGUUCGAUUUUGUGGUGGAAACUCGAAACCGUUUUCUCGGAUUUCAAUUAAAAAUUGGGGCUUUCGCGUUAGGGAUGUAAAUCGAAGUCUGGGUUUCGAAUAAUUGCUGUAAAUCGUCAUGGUCGAUUCAUUUAGGGUUCGUUUCUCUGAGAUUUCAAAUCGAUAGAGGGAUUUCGAGUUACGGUUCUAAAUUGAUUCGGGGGUUUGCGUUUAAUAAUUGUUAAUCCGCAAGAGGGUUCGAUAGCAUCAAUGGUUACUAGUCGAUUAACAGCUUCAGUAUGUGUUCUUGUGUGGUCUAUAGUAGUUGGAUGCCAUUUUUUUAAAUUGGAACUCGAUUAAUACAUGUAAUUGAAACUGGAUUGUUGCAGAUGGAAACUCCCCGAGAACCUCAUUUCUUCAAGCCUCUUCUUCCUGGUUUUCAAAGUGGCGUGGUAUUCUCUGUUCUUGAAGCCUAUUUUUCCUUAUUUUGUAUGUUGGUAUUUAGGAUUUAUGUUUAACUAUUCCUUCUCUUACUUGCAGGCAAUACCACUUGACUUCUACUCAAAACACAUACAAGGGACUGAGAUCAAUAACCCAUGGAAGCUAAGAUCGGACGCUUCGGAUCAAAUUUGGGAGGUGAUCCGAGAAGGCAGGACACUCACCAAAGGUUGGAAAGAGUUCACCGAAGCACAUGAUCUUCGAAUCGGUGACAUUGUCAUCUUCAAACACGAAGGAGACAUGGUCUUUCAUGUGACUCCUUUUGGUCCAAGCUGUUGUGAGAUUCAGUAUACACAUCCUCACAUCGUUAAGGAAAAAGCCGACGCGGAUGAUGCUCCUACUUUCUCAUACGACUACUGCUUCUUGGCUGAGGUUACUGCUACAAAUCAAAAGGACGACAAAAUGGUGAGUAAAAUUUUGACUAUGUUACACACCAUAUUUAGUUUUUUAUUUGUUUGUAGUACUGCUUCUUGGCUGAUGUUAUUUCUGUGUUUGUAGUUUCUUCCUGUGGAAGCUAUGUGGUGUGGUGCUUUGACCCAACAAUGCAAAGAGGUCAAACUUGUCAACAAGGAGGGAAAGUCAUGGACUGCGCGCUUCGGAUUUAGCGAAUCAGACGGCGCAUAUUACAUCAGCAGAGGGUGGAGAAAGUUCUGUCGUGAUAACAGAUGCACCAACGGAGCUUUGUUUGUGUUCAACGUGGUUGGAGACGGGACGACAACUCCAUUACUGUAUGUAUGUCCGGAAAGGAAGGAGUGUACUGAACUACUGAUCAACCACUUCAGCAGAAUCGAUGGUAGCAUUGCUUCUACCUCACGAAAUUAGAUGGCUCUUUUGCGGUCUUUCCUCUCUAUCAUCUUAACUUGUUUCUUUUUGUUUCAUUAGCAACUUAUCAACUUAUGUAUUUCGGUUUGUAAAACUUGAAUGGUUUUUCUAUGUGAACUUUUAUGCUAAGUUAAACAUUGUCGAACUUAAUUCCUUUGUUGAAUGCGUAGACUGAUCAUCGAACAAAAUGUUUCUAUGAAUUAAAUUUAAGUUAAGAAACAAC